AUGACGACCGGCUUUCAAAAGACUGUGAUAUAUUUACUACAAGCGCUGGUGAACGAAACAGCCAUUAAUAUAGGUUGGCUAGAUCAAAGUACGAUGACAGCUAUAAUUACAGAUAUUAACGAGCCGAGUACACAACAUUCGGUCACCGCAAAGUGUCAAAUGAAUCCAUUCUCCAACGAAUUGGAAAAUUUUCAAUGGGAAACUAUUUUGGUCGAUAAACGUGCCGUACAAAAUAUGGCUGUUUUAAGAGUACUAGGCUUGAAUCAACAACAAUACUCCAUAUUGCAACAAAAUAUUGAGGCAACCGAUCAUCUUGAAGCGAUUUAUGAACAAUGCCGAACUUCACAACCAAAAAUAUUGGAAUGUAUUGCGAGUUUAACUGGGACUUCGUUCCCAUUGACGUUCGAUCCAACUCAACCCAAAGCUUAUGCCACUUUGCUAGCAAGAGUUCCACCGCGAGAGGCACUGCUCAUUACUGAGACAUGUGGCAACAUUGACGGCUCGACGGGAAAUCCGAUUAAAAACGUUAUGUUUGGCCCAAAGCCCGGUGCGGUCGAACAUCAUCCAAUUUCAGUAGCAUUCAAACACGGUACUUCCCAACUCCAGCUUGUUUUUAACCCAAAAGCCGAAAUGCGAGAAGAAGGUUCUAUUCCAACGAGGUUGUUGAAUGAUUUUAAAUUCUACACAGACGAGCAUCACAUCCCGAUGAAUAAAUAUGCCGUUGCCGUGUCAAACAAACAAUCUAGCGUACGAAGCUCGAUUGAUGCUUUUGUAUUAUUAUCAAAACGAAGUUUCAUGCCACUGAAUGGCGAUUAUCAAAUAAAGACAAGUUUUCCGGCACAAAUCACAUCGGAAAGCCGUAUAAUCGAUUGGAAUACAGCUGAAGAUGCAAUUGAAUGUACACGAAUCGUUUCGCAAUUGGCAAGUUUGGGAAAACUGCCAGAAAAUCUUUGGGUGCUACCAACAUUGUUUGCAGCUCAAGUCAAAGGCGAUGACAAUACGACAUUCUACAUUCGUGGCGGUCUCAGCGAUGCGUACAGCAAUGGGAAUAUUGUUGGCGUACCCAAACAUUUUACACCGGUUACGGCUUGUGCAUUGACUACCCGGAAUAUUUUGACACCUCAUAAAACAUUAUUCGAAAGUAUGGCUGAAUUUGGUUUCGAUCCAGUGAACUUAUUCAAAGACAUUUCAGAUGGAAUAAUCGGUGCACAACUUCACUUCAUCGCUAUUCGUUGGGUACCAGAUGCUCACACGCAAAACGUUGCUUAUUUGUUUGAUAUGAGCCAAAAACGUUUUGCCGGUUUACUUCUCAAAGACGCCGAAUAUGAAGAAAAUAAAACUAUUCGUGGAGGAAAACUGGCAUCAUCCAUAUCUGAUUUCAAACCCAUAUUGCAAUCUGAAAGUGGAUCGAAUAUAAGGACAGUUGUCUCUACACUCUACUUCCAUCAUACAAUAUAUACGAAACACAUAGAACCACUAGCACGUCUCUUACACGACAAAUAUCAGAUAUCAAUAGCGGAUAUCCAGACAAUUGUACAUAACAGUCUGACCUCUUGGCUGGAAAAGAAUUCAGGAGUAGACAUGCAGAAUAAGAUUGACAUUUCUGGCCGAUACUACGAAAGAAACUUGGCUUGUAAAACACUGAAAAUUGGCAAGCCGCCUUACUAUCGUCUUAUUCAAAAUCAUAAAUUGCUUCCAGCUAUACAUUGA